CCGGAGCAGAGCCUGCUGCAGACAAGCCUCUGCCUUCCCGGGCGGCCGUGGCUGCCGCCCCGCUUCUCCUGUUGCCCGCACGACUGGGAGGCAGGAGCAGCCCCGAGGGGUCGGUCCCGAUGCUGCGCCUUCCCGGCGCUGGCAGCAACUUUGCCGCUCCGGCCGCGCUCGCUGCUCCCUGCCGCCGUGCGAGCGUUCGGAGGGUGCAGUGACCGAUCCCAGCAAGAGUUUUGCAAAGCUCUGAUAUACCCUGAGCUGCGCGCAACAACCCGUGUUCUCCGAGGUGCUGGAGAGAAGGAAUUAUGUGUUCGCGACCGCCCGGCGAGGGGAGGUGUCUUCCUCAAGGGACCUUUCCUCACCCAUAGAGCUGCCGGCUGCCCGCGACGGCGGGAGGACGCAAAUGGGCAGAACGAGGCCGGUGUGGCUGCUGGCGAGGAGGCAGCGGUCCCGGGAAAGGGCGGAGCGCCGGGGGGGGGUCCUCCCGGCGCUGCACUUGCCACAUUAACUCGGCGCGUCGGAGACGGCGACACAACUUUCUGGGUCUGCCCCGGGUGGCGGCGAGAAGAGCCUCUUCGCUGCUCUGCUCGCCGCACCCCCAGCGGACCCCGGCGGCAGCGGGAGCCGCGCUCCGGCGGCAGCAGAGUCGCGGUUGCUCCCGCUCUGGCCCCGGCGAGGAGGGCUGUCCCCGGGAGCCGGGCGGGCAUGUCUUUCGCUUCCAGCCCCGCUGAGCGGGGCGCACGCCGCCUCUGAAGGGGAGCGUGUGAGCCCCGCCGCCUCCCGGCCAUGCGGCCCCUCCGCGCUCCCCUCGCCUUGCUCUGCCAGGUGCUGAGCGCCUGGGCUGCCUGCGCCCUCGCCCCGGCUCCCGUCGCGGCCGCCGGGCCGCCGGCGCCCCCGCAGCGCGCCCGCUCGCAGCCAGCCCCGACGCCCCUCGCCCCGGGCCGGCGGGCGGCCGCGGCGCUCCCGGGGCGCGGAGCGCUCCCUCCCGGGGCCGGCGGAGCGGCGGGACCGGGCGGCAGCUGCGCUCCCCACGGGGCGGCGGGGGCCGGGCGGCGGCGGGCGCGGAGCAGCGAUCCCGGAGCCGGCGCGGCGGCGGGGAGGGGCGGGGCGGGCGGGCCCCGCUGGCUGCCCCUGAACGGUUCGGCAGGCGGCGAGGGCAGCGCCGGGGGCCGCGGGAACGCCACGGGGCGCCGCGCCCGCCUCCGCAACCCCUUCUACCCGCUGACCGAGGAGUCCUACGGCGCCUACGCCGUCAUGUGCCUCUCCAUAGUGAUCUUCGGCAUCGGCAUCAUGGGCAACAUGGCAGUGAUGUGCAUCGUCUGCCACAACUACUACAUGCGGAGCAUCUCCAACUCUCUGCUGGCCAACCUGGCCUUCUGGGACUUCCUCAUCGUCUUCUUCUGCCUGCCGCUGGUCAUCUUCCAGGAGCUCACCAAGAAGUGGCUCCUAGAGGACUUCUCCUGCAAAAUCGUCCCGUACAUCGAGGUGGCCUCUCUUGGAGUCACCACAUUCACGCUGUGUGCCCUCUGCAUUGACCGGUUUCGUGCUGCCACCAACGUGCAGAUGUAUUAUGAGAUGAUCGAAAACUGCACCUCGACGACGGCCAAGCUGGCUGUCAUCUGGGUAGGUGCCCUGCUGCUGGCACUGCCAGAGGUGGUGCUGCGCCAGCUGGCCAAGGAGGACCCCGAGUACAGUGGCAGCCCCCCGGGUGAGCGCUGCGUGGUGAAGAUAUCCACCGCACUGCCCGACACCAUCUACGUGUUAGCUCUCACCUACGAUGGGGCACGACUCUGGUGGUACUUCGGCUGCUAUUUUUGUUUACCUACCCUAUUCACUAUUACCUGCUCCCUGGUGACAGCGAGGAAAAUCAGGAGGGCUGAAAAGGCUUGCACAAGGGGGAACAAGCGACAAAUUCAGCUGGAAAGUCAGAUGAACUGCACAGUGGUGGCUCUGACCAUUUUGUAUGGGUUUUGCAUCAUUCCCGAAAACAUUUGCAACAUCGUGACUGCCUACAUGUCCACAGGGGUCUCUCGACAAACUAUGGACCUCCUCCAUCUCAUUAGCCAGUUCCUUUUGUUCUUUAAGUCCUGCGUUACCCCAGUUCUCCUCUUCUGCCUCUGUAAACCUUUCAGUCGGGCCUUUAUGGAGUGUUGCUGUUGCUGCUGUGAUGAAUGCAUCCAGAAGUCUUCCACAGUGACAAGUGAUGACAAUGACAAUGAGUACACCACGGAACUGGAGCUCUCUCCUUUCAGUACCAUCCGUCGCGAAAUGUCCACUUUUGCCUCCGUGGGGACUCACUGUUAAUUUACCUUAGGACUUUUUAUUUCCUGUAUCUUUUUCCUUUUUCUUUUUUUUUUUUUUACUUUAUAUUUUUCUUCUUGAAACAAAAUGCAGGAAAAAAAUUACUGUUGAACACUACUCUCAAAACCAAUCUGUGUAUUAACAGUCAUGCUUUGGAAAAUAAUUUGUUUGGUUAUUAAAAGGAAAGAGAGACAAGGAGAGUCAGCACUCAGUUUUAAGUCAUGAUAUUUUGUAUGGUGCUAAGAUUUCAUUGCUUGGGGAGGAAGGUCCAUAUCGAUCCACUUUUAUUUAAUUCCAUAGUAUUUUUUUUGAUAAUCACUGCAAAAUGAUUUGUAGACAUUGUGGACUUUGCAAGAUGGUUCACGUAAAAGUUGUGGUGGAAAGUAUUUGAAGGUAGUUUUAAUCUAAUUACUGUACACUGUUGUGAGAGGACUUGGACUUCAGAAAAUUUAUAAGUAGCAUAAAAAUAAAUGAGGCUUUAUUCUUUAACUUCCUUGUCAAUCUGCAUUUAACAAAGACAUCUAUGAGUACUAUUAAGUUCCUUUAAUAAGUAAAAAAAAUCUUUGCAUAAAAUAAUAUAGAUGGCCAUAUUUAAUUAACAUUUGGGUACUUACCCUUGGAGGAUAUAAUUACAGUGUUCAAGGAAGAUGGUUAUAAUGGUAUUAGAUUUAUAUGAGUGGGUUUUUUUAAUGUUAUAUUAUGAAGGUCCAGUAUGCCUCAUUGAAAAUUUUUUUAACCUGCAGGUAUACAAAAUCUGAGUUAUUUUAUACUUCUUACAAAGAAACAUUCAUUUUAUCAUUGCAUUUUGUCUUGUGUGGUUUUAAAAUCAAGUUUCUUUCCAGUUUGCUAUUGGUUUUACAUUGGAAUUUUGUCCUCAGUCUCUGUAUAUAUAGCUCCUACUAGCUUCAGUGAGUCUCAUUGCAGAGGAAGGCAUUUUUUGCCAGAGGUUUGCUGACAAUAAAUGUGAGGGACUGAAACAUGUGGAGAGUGAAUUCGUUCUUUUUUAAAAGGUGUAAACACACUUGGAUGCUUGGGGCUUGACCCAGAGCCCAUGGCAGUCAAUGGAAAGGUUUCCAUCAGUUUCAGAGGGCUUUGAAUCAGACUGGCAUCUCCUAUUUAUUCUGGGAUGUGUAGCAUGAAUAUUAAUCACAGGGACUCUCUAUACUGAUUAUAAAUCAUGCUGCCCUCACAGAGACGGCUAUUCAUGAGCAGCUCACAGCUCUGGAGCUGUUUUUGAGAGCCACAGUGUGUUUUGCUGAUGGCUUCUUGCUGUUCACAGAGUCGUUAAAAUGAGGGUAUGUCAACACUGCCAGCAACAGUGUGAUAUAAUAAAAUUUAAAGUUGUUAUAAGCAAGCCAGGUUAGAGACCGAAAAGUGCCUAUCCUUACCAGCGGAGCUUAUUUGCCCCACUUCUUGGCUGAAGUAGACAGGCUAUUCUUGGCAGGCAAGCUGGCUCAUACUUACACUGGGCAGCAGGCUGAAGUGAACUUACAGAACACUAAGGAACUGAAUUUGUUAUAGUUAGCUUAUAUUUUAAUACUAAUUAAAUAAAUAGUGCAAUUGCAAUAGUAUGAGCGGAAGUAAAAUCACAUGCAUUCAUACUUUGAAAUUAACAGUAAAUGUAACUGAUGUAAUCUUACCUCCUGAUACCUGCCUCUAACUAUGUUAAAGAACUUACUGUAACUUCUGGCAAGGAGUCUAAUUUUUGUUUGUAGACUGUGGACUUAUUAUGUUUAAUCUUUGUAUCUGCUUGGGCAAGCAGUAUUUCUUCUUUUUCUGUACCAUUUUAACUUAUGGUCAUUUCACCUGAAAAAAAACCCCAGUUUAAAUUAAUUAAUAUGAAUAUGAAUACAAACAUACAUGCACUUGAGUUCUUUUUCUGACUUUUGAAUCAGACAUUGGGCCCUAGCAAAGCAAUCUGCUUUAACUACAGGCAUUUUUUUCUGUUUAGGACUUGCUAAAUUACCUAAAUUUCUAAAAUCCUGUUGUAACAUAGUCUCUUACGAUGACAAGGGAACUGUCUCUUCCUUAUAAAACCCUUCACUGACUUUGCUUGAUUACAUUCAAUAAACUAUGAAAGGGAUUAAAGAGAAAAGAUGAAAACGAAA